ACAUCUGUUUGUCUACUCAGACGCAAGCUUAAACUGACUGUAUUUUAUUUGCCUUCGGUAAGCUGAACUAGCGCUACGUCGUUACGUGUUAUUUUAUCGAUAGUGAAAAUAAAUUAUUUGUUCGACAUAAGCCAGUCAAACCGGUGUCCACAAUGCCUCAGACCCAUACAUUGAAUGGGCGCUCUAAUCACAAUGGCAGUGUACAGAAGAACGAAGGGCAUUCAUCGGACCAUCAGAACGGUUAUCACAGACCUCACAGGAAGAUUUUUGAUAACGACGACGAAUUUCAGGGAAAUGGAUCAGAAGUUGUUGAAGUAGACGACAAUUCUGUUAGGUAUCCCGAUGGCACAGUCCGACUUCGUAACCCGAAUAUUGAACUUAUGGACCAAGACAUUCUUUAUCAUCUGGCUCUGGGCAGCGGUUCUCAUGACCUGGUGGAAAUGUUUGGGGAUGUUAAGUUUGUUUGUAUGGGCGGCACGCCAAAACGUAUGGAGCAGUUCGCAUACACAAUCAUGGCGGAAAUUGGACACAAAUUACCAUGCGGCACCACGCUACAAGACAUCAGCCAGUUCUCUUAUAGAUAUUCUAUGUAUAAAGUCGGACCCGUGCUAUCGAUCAGCCACGGUAUGGGCAUCCCGUCUGUGGGCAUCUUACUUCACGAGGUGAUAAAACUUAUGUACCACGCGAAGGUCCGAGACCCGGUCUUCUUCAGGAUCGGCACGUGUGGAGGCAUCGGCUACGAAGGAGGCACAGUAGUUAUUUCUGAAGAAGCUGUAGAUGGCGCACUUAAAAAUGCUCUUGAAUUGACUGUGCUUGGGAAAAAUAUCCAGCGACCGGCGAAGUUGGAUAAAAGAUUAGUACGUGAGCUGAAGGCGCUGUCGGACCCUGAGGAUCCGUAUGAUACUGUCACGGGCAAGACCAUGUGCACUUACGAUUUUUAUGAAGGCCAAGGACGUUUGGACGGUGCGUUCUGUGACUUCACCGAGACAGACAAGAUGGAGUAUCUGGAGAGUAUCCACAAGGCGGGCGUCGUCAACAUCGAGAUGGAGUCUCUCGCCUUCGCUGCGCUGACGCACCACGCCGGUAUCAAGGCGGCGGUUAUCUGCGUCACGCUGCUCGAUAGGCUUAAGGGGGAUCAGGUGUUGGCGCCUAAGGAGGUGUUGGACGAAUGGCAGCAACGUCCGACGAAACUCGUUUGUCGUUACAUCAAAAGGUAUUUGCAAAUGAAGGGACGUUUGUCAUUGGACGGCCACGGAUCUAUUUGCGUCAAGAGCCCCCGACGAUUCAAACUAGUGCAGCAAGAAUCAGAAACCUACGAUUAAUGUCAUCGAUUAUUUAUUUAAAAGACUGCAUGACAAAAUGUUCUUAUCGAAGCUAUUACAUAUAAUUUUGUUGAGCGUAGAUCUGAAUUUUGACACAUUUAUUUUUUAUGAUACUGCCAAGUAUAUAUUUUGUAUUAAACAUAUUGAUUUCUUAUAAUGUAUUCGAAAAUAACGCUUUACACACUGGUUUUUAAUUAUAUAUUUUUUCGAAAUGGUUAUUUCGUAAUUUGUAACUUAUCCAUAUAGUAUCCGAACUUGACUCCAAAUUUCACACUGUAAAACUCUUCCGGUUUUUGACAUAUCAAUUUGAUACUUUUGUUAUUUAAAAAAAAAAAAACUUCGAUAAAUGACCACUACUACUGACAUUCCAUUAAUUAUUUGAAUAGUUAAAAAUUAAUUAUAAUGAAAGGUGAUUGCUAAUGAAUGCGAACUUUCAAAAAUCUAUGUCCUGUGUGUAAUUUCAAGGCAAAAGUACAAUGUUAAUUUAUUACUGUAUGUAAAGUAUUUACUAAUUUUUCUUUAUAUUCAAUAUUAUAGUUAUAUUAUUGAAUGGAAUAUAAUUUCAAAUAUGAUAUAGUGCUAAAGGUCACCUUAUUUAUUUCUGCUAUCUUACUAAACUAAUAAUCAUAUCGUACUAAAUACGUUUACGAUUAAAAAACUCCAUAACACAGUUAUACUACUGCUGUCGCGGUAGGUCAAGGUCAUUUCUAUAACAUAAAUUCUAUUCUAAAACCUUUCAAAAUACUAUCUAAGUAAAUAGAUACAAUUAACUCUUUUAUGUACUUUGUGUAUUACAAAAUAAGUACUUUUGACAAGAUAUCUAAAACUCUUGAAAAAUAAUAUUUAUAAAAUUAUUAGAUAAUGUUUAUAAUAUGUAUCAAACUAUAUCAUUACAAAUUAAUAUAUAACCACUGGUGAUAUAUAGUUUAAGUAUUUAUUUAAAUAAUUUUAAAUAUUACUUAAAAUAUAUACCACUGGCAUAUUUCGACUUAAUAUUCUUCUAUGCACUAUUUAUUGUAGUAAAAAUGUAUCCACGAAUUGCAUAUCUUCUUUGUGAACAGAUAUAUAAUUUAGUUUUUAGUAUAGUUUACUAGUAUUAUGAUAAUAUUUAGUUUACUAGCUACUACUACUGUUUUAUUUUAUUUAAUAUUUUAAGCUUUGUAUAAAUCUUAAUCAUAUUACACAUACAAAUUUACGCCCAAUGAUCGAAUCGACCAUGAUAUUUAUUGAAUUUUUUAGAAAAACAUAAAUAAAAAUAUCAAUUUGCAUGUUUUGAACAUAUUUUUUUCACUAUUACUUAUGGUAACACUAAAAUCUCAUUAACAGAAGAGAAAUGGGAAUUGAAAUGUUUUGUCUUUGCCUAUUUAUACAUUGAUAUUUAUGUGUUGCGCCUGUUUACUGUUAUGCCCUUUUUAUAUUUCAAAACCAUUGCCACACUUACAUUAGUUUUAUUUGAUUUUUUUUUAAACUUGUCAGUUAAUUUGCCGUUUUAUUAUAAAUAUAAUAAUAAAUAAACAAACAUCGAAAUAAAUCAUUAUUAAUAUGGCUUCUAAGUUGGCCGUCUAUAAUAGACAGAGGGAUUUGUCUAUGCACAAUUUUUUUUUUAAUUUUACAGCUUUUUGUUUAAAUCUUAUAUAGUUGUUCUUUGGAAUAAAUGUAUUAAUGAAUGAAUGUGUGGUAGCAUUCUUAUAUGAUACAAAUAUGCACAAGCUGUUAGUGAUCACUUUAGUGGAAAAGAAAGAAAAUUAUACAUUAUUUACCAGAUAUGAAUAACGACCUUAUUUAUAAACGUUGCUCAGCGGGUGAUUAGAUAAACAUUGAUUUAUCUCUUUCUGUCCACAUUAAUUUGACACUCGAAAGAGAAAGAUAGCAUUGUGUAUCUGAUCACCCCAUAAACAACACUGAAAGGUAAAGUCGUUAUAUAAUUAGAGAUUAUUAAUACUGUCAGCGUUUAUCGUUACGAAUGUUACACUAAAUUAAUAUGCUGUUUACAAGAAAUAUAAAUAUUUAUAGAAAUUAAUUUUAAGUAAAUAUUUAAGGUUAUCCAUUGAAGUUGUAUCUAUGAAAAGCGUUGCUACUUAUGUGGCUUUGUCUAUGUAACCUGUGUUUAUGGCACCAAUAUAUUUUAAUGUAGAUUUAAGGUAUGACAAAAAUAUUAUUAGAAGUAACUACUAAACAAAUGCUUCCCUGUUGUAGAAAAUAAAUAGUUGCUAGUUAAUGCUUCGCACGAUUAGGUUUUUUUACUUAUAUAACGAUUCUCGGCUUUUUAUAUUUUUGUUACAUGUACGUUAUAUAUUUACUAAUUUUAUAUGCAAGUAGAAUUUGUCUAAAUAGAUACCCAUUGGGUAUUCUUUGUACUUCUGUAUGAUUAUAUAAAUAUAUAAUAAAAAACACUGGUUGAAUUGUUACAACUACACAAGAUGUAGGGUUUUUAUAAAAUAUAUCCGUUAUCUGCGUGUAAGCUGGACAUAAAUUAUAUAAAGUGUUGUGUCCGCGUUAAUAUGUGUUAUAUAUUGAAUAAAGAAGUUUGUUUCCUGGA